AAGAAGAAAAUGAACCGAAUAAGAAGAAGAAGAAGAAGAAGCGUGAAAACAGGAAUAACGGCCUGACGCAGUUAGUUUGAAGCCAAGCUGUAAAAUAAGGCUAUAUGGUGAAGUAACGUUACAGAUUAACAGCUAUCUGUGACGGACUUUGGAUGCUGCAGUCCAAAACCUCCACGCCGGUGUUCAAGGUCUGUGUUUUGAAUGCGAACACCAGGUAGUGAGGUGUAGCUGUCCGCGCUGUUAGCUAAAUCAGUUAUUUUGUGUCGUUGAGAUGAAUGCAACGGGCAUCACUUCACCGGUACGUUAAGCUCACUCGACGAACAUGAACUUCAUUUGUGCAUUUUAAACUAGCCUUAACUGUUAUUUUGAGUCAUGGCGAACGACUUUGUAAAGGCUUUUGUGCAGUUGUGUAAUUAUCUCCAAGACCCCUGUCAUGUAGCGAGGUUUCAACAUUUCUGCGGCGUUAGAGGAACAUUUCCGGUUCAACCGACCAAGCCUGACAGUGGACAGUCGGAGCCGGACUGUCCCGGGCUGAGGAAGAGGGUCCAACAGGGGGGACAAAGCUCGGACGUCAGUGUUAGGAAUGGAGCAACCGGGGAUGCGACCGCACAGGUUAACGGGAUGCAGGGUGACAGCACCGUCAGGCCUGAUGGUGCACCACCACCAGCAGCUAAUGUCGACCCAGACACCGCCAGGGCGAAACCCCUCCGGAAAAACUCCCUAACCGGAGAUGUGGGUCAGGAGUUCCUGAUCCACAACAAGUUCCUGUUCUACCUGUUCACGUUUGGGACUGAGCUGGGCAACGAGAUGUUCUUCAUCAUCUUCUUCCCCUUUCUCUUCUGGAACAUCGACGCCCUGGUCAGCCGCAGACUCAUCGUGGUCUGGGCCUGGAACCUGUUCGUGGGGCAGUCCACCAAGGACAUGGUCCGCUGGUCCCGGCCAGCGUCCCCUCCUGUGGUGAAGGUGGAGGUCUUCUACAACUCCGAGUACAGCAUGCCGUCCACACACGCCAUGACAGGGACAGCCAUACCCUUCUGUGUCUUCAUGCUGACCUACGGACGGUGGCAGUACCCCUUCCUGUUUGGGUUUUGUGUGGCUCUCAGCUGGAGUGUCCUGGUCUGUGUAAGCAGAGUCUACAUGGGGAUGCAUUCUAUUCUGGAGGUAAUCACUGGCUUCCUGUACAGCCUUCUUAUUCUAGCCUUCUUCCAGCCAAUUUUGGACAAGAUCGACAGCUUCUACAUGAUGGACCACUAUGCUCCACUUGUGAUUAUCGUGUCACAUGUGAGCCUGGGACUUGUGGCUUUCUCUCUGGAUUCCUGGAGCACCUCUCGGGGUGAUACAGCUCAGGCUCUGGGCACCGGGGUAGGAGCCGCUUUGGCUACCCAUGUGAACUAUCAGCUGGGGCUGCUGCUUGAUCCACCACUGUCCUCACUUCCUCUAACUUUACCACCAAUCAGCAUUAGCUUGGUGGUUCUCUCCCUGCUGCGCUUCGCCAUUGGAGUCGUUGUCCUCCUCGUCACAAGAAUGGUUAUGAAAGCAGUGACUGUUCCUUUCUUGUGUCGACUGUUCGGGCUGCCUUCAGAUGAUGUAAGACAGGCGAGGCAGCACAUGAAAGUAGAGUUGCCGUACCGUUACAUUGUGUACAGUGUUGUUGGUUUUAGUUGUGUCUGUGUGGUGCCUCUCCUCUUUAGGAUCUUAAACGUUGCCUGAGUGUUGUGUGCAAACUGUCAUUUACUGCUGACAUGCUCAUCUACAUGGUGAAGGCAAACGGCACAUGGAAACAUGCUUGUUUUGACACAAGAUAAAGGCAGAAACAGAAACUGAUUUAAAGGAUAAAUUUGGUGAUAUUCUAUGUUUUUCAUAUAGCCAAAUUAUUCCUCUGUACCAUAGAACUCCAUUGUUGUCCAAAAACUAUUAAAAACACAUUAAUGAGCAACACUUUUGCACUGGGUGACAUGUUCCUUUUUAUUAGGGUGAGCAUAGGCACUGUAGUUUAUUUUGAGAUGAUUCCACUUUUACUAUUACAAACUAUUCUCACACUGAAAAUACACCAAAUGUGUAUCAAUCUGCAGCUGACAAUAAUUCCAAAUACAGUAUUUACUCCUGUUUGAGUAUCAGUGGCUAAAAAAAUAAGUGCCCAGCUGUUUGUAGGAAAUAAUUUUUCCUUUUUAAAAAAAUGAAAGCAUACAUUUUGUGACCCAUUUUUAAAGAUUUUAAAGUCUUUAGGAGGAACCAGUGGGCUCGGGGCCCAGAGCCACAGACUGGAGGAAGUUAGAAAGUAUUGAGAGACGGACUAAAGCAUUGUUGGUUUUGAGGCUCUUCUCAUUUCUCUAUUUUGUGCCAUCUCGUCUCCUCGCUCCUCCGUCCACCUGUCUGUGAUCCGGAAAAUCGAUCUCAGCUUGAAGGACGUCUCAAUUCCUAAAUGCAUCUCGAAGAGAGGAGGCUUGCCAGAGAAGCUAUGAGCGAGGAUGCACAGGUGUAUCCUUUUGCAGAAAUCUUUUCGGCACCCGUGACGUAUAAAAGAGGCGUGACAAUGGACAGAUGAUGCAGCUGUCAUAUUUGAUUGACAUCGCUUUAAAAUGACUGCUUCGAAGCAAGGAUGUCUCAUUUUGUUAAAUGCCUGUUGCCUUGACUCCUCUUUCCUCGUAUCUCUUCUGAGGAUGAGCAAACUGAGAAAUGGGAAUUUCUUGGGAUUUGUUGACAAUAGCAAUAUAGAACAUCACCAGCCUUAUCCUUUUAAGAUCCUCCUGUGAUGGACACAUUUAAGUGAACUUUGCAAAUACAAAAUUUAUCAGAUGUACUGUAAUGAUGCUUGCUUUCAUUAAUGAGGAAUCCAUUUCCAUCAUUUGAUCAAAAUAUAUAAUGUUAUUGGAGAAUUCCAUGCUCUAAGAAUAAACCAAGCCAUGAAUCAGUAAUGUAUGAUAUCACUUCACUUCUCAUUUGUUGCCGUUCUUAAAUCAAAUCAGCAUGGAAGUAAUAAAAUACUGUAAGUAUUUAAGCUCACAGGUGUCGGGGUAGUUACACUGGGGUAGUUAUCUUUAUUUAAAUCUGAAUACUUGCGCUUUUUUCCCCUGUUUGAGCAGGUUGGUUUUGUCAUUGCAUUUUUUUCUACAUUACCAUAGUCACCCUUAUCUCAUCACAUUUUAAAAAAAAAAAAAAUUUUUUUGUACAUUUUUGUGCUUGUUUCAAAAACGUUUGUAAUUUUGGUCCACAUGUAAGUUAAGGAUUCUUUGAAUAAUCAUUUGAAAGCAUAAUAUUAACAUAACAUAUUUUUACCAUCCUAACUAACUUGAGCUAAAUUGUUGCUCUAGAAAAGAAAUCUCUCUAUUAUUCUUACUUGACAUUUCUGCUGACCUUCCUUAAACUACAGUAUAUAAAACCACUAUCUAUAGCACUUGGCUGAAUGUUUUGUUUAUUUGCUGUUGUAAUGUUCCAAUAAUGGUUUCUCUAAUAUUCAUGCUUGAGUAUUUAUACUUAUCAUAAGUACUCAUGGAGUAUUUAUAGGUCUAUUAUUAACAUCCAUUCCCACUUUUUUCUGUUAUGCAAGGACUGUAUCCUUUGGAAAAAAAUAUGGAAACAAGGAGAAUAAAAUAUUCCAAAAAAGGAAAAAAAAA